UAACUGUUAGCUCGAAGCUUUGGUUUAUCUGCGAGGAGGGAAGGGAAGGGAAGGGGGCGACGAAGACGAAGAUAAUGUCUUCUCUCCAGUUCUUCUCUCCCACCUCCCAAAGCCCUAAAAUCAAACCCAAUCACCUCCUCUCGUCCUCCUCCUCGUCCAAGAACUCCGUCACCAGAGCCACCAACUUCUCCACCUCCUUUUCUUGCUCCACCUCUCAAUUACCCACCGAGAAUCCCAACCCCAAUCCCUCCAGAUGCAUCUGCUCCUCCAAAAACCCCACCUUUAGUUCCGCCCGCUGCAUUUCCCCGCCGAAAAGCUCCAACUUUUGGGUUUCCCGGCCGAGGCAGCGCCGGAGUCAGGUCGGAUGUGGGAGAGGAGUGGAAGCGCGGGACGGCGAGGUCGACUCUCCGCCGCUGUCUGAGUGGAAGAGUGGUGGCGGUGGAAAUGGCGACGGAGGAGGUGGGAAUGGAGGAGAGGAGGGGGAUGAGAAGGAGAAAAAGAAGGGCCUUUUACCGGAAUGGGUGAGUAUUACCAAGGAGGAUGCGAAGACUAUCUUGGGGGCGUUGGCGAUUUCCUUGGCCUUCCGAACGUUCAUAGCCGAGCCGCGGUUCAUUCCUUCUCUUUCGAUGUACCCAACGUUUGAUAUCGGUGACCGCGUUGUCGCCGAGAAGGUUUCGUAUUACUUCAGAAAACCAUGUGUAAAUGACAUAGUCAUCUUCAAAAGCCCACCAGUUUUGCAGGAAGUGGGAUAUACCGAUGAUGAUGUAUUUAUCAAAAGAGUUGUUGCCAAGGAGGGUGAUGUUGUAGAAGUUCACAAUGGCAAAUUAGUAGUAAAUGGCAUAGUGAAAGACGAAGAUUUCAUUCUUGAGUCACCGUCUUAUGAGAUGAGCCCAAUUCAAGUGCCUGAAAACACUGUAUUUGUCAUGGGCGACAAUCGCAAUAACAGUUAUGAUUCGCACAUAUGGGGUCCACUUCCUGCAAAGAACAUACUUGGCAGAUCAGUGUUCCGAUACUGGCCACCAACUAGAAUUGGCAGCACAGUACUCGGUGAAGGUGGGGAAGAUAUGAAACCAAAGAACAGCUUAGUUUCAAAAUGACAAGCAAGAUGUAGGAUCCUAUUCCUGGAGCCUUGAAUGGGAGAUGUAACCACCUCAAUUCUGAUUCCAUCAACUUUCAAAUGCUCAUUCUUUUAAUCAAUAACAUGGGGAAAAUUGGUUUGCAAACCAAUUUUCCCUUUACAUUCUGCAAGCUUCAAAGAUCCACUUCCUUGUGAGAUUGUUCAUGCAUCAACUUAAUAUCAGUUGUCAAGUGACUCAUCAGAACUAAGGUACAUGCAUUUGGUUAAGAAAUCA